GGGGUAAGCUACGUAAUCUCGCGAGAUUUUGAGCUGUGCGAGACCUCUUUUUCCCAUCCUGAAAAUCCAAGAUGGUCAAGAUCAAGGCCCACGAGCUCCGGGGUAAGAAGAAGGAGGACCUCCUGAAGCAGCUCAGUGAGCUGAAGGAGGAGAUGUCACAGCUGCGGGUUGCCAAGGUGACGGGCGGGGCCGCCUCCAAACUCUCCAAGAUCCGUAUCGUUCGCAAGUCCAUUGCCCGUGUCAUGACAGUCAUCCACCAGACACAGAAGGAAAACCUCCGCAAGUUCUACAAGAAGAAGAAGUACAUCCCUCUGGACCUGCGCUACAAGAAGACCAGAGCAAUCCGGCGUUCACUUACCAAGGGCGAGAAGAACAUCAAGUCCAAGAAGACACAGAAGAAGCUCCGGCUGUACCCCCUGAGGAAGUAUGCCGUUAAGGAGUGACGGAGGCUGCUGUAGAUCGGAUCAUUAAAAAGUUCAUAAAUAGAA